CACCUUGAUAUCUCUGGUCACAUAGCCAGUCCGGUGAUCUGUCACGCGAUCCUGGCUGAAGUUGUAGGUGCGAAUCCUCUCCGACUGGGAGCGAGUGCCCACCUGGAGAAGGAGUAACAUGAAUGGCUCUGAGGUCACCCAGACCGGACCAGCCCUAGUUGAGACUUCGGACGACCUCCAGAGAGGGGAGUCACAGAGGUGCCCAAAAAAACCCAGGGAGGUCAUACCAUCAGCCCACCUGCCCAUUCAGCCUCCCAGUGGGCACAUCCAGAGAGAUAUCCAGAAUACCAUGAUCCACUGGGACCACGCCCAUGGACACCUGUCCAAGAUCGGGUACCAUGACGGCAGGAUCCUGGUCCGCGAGGGAGGCCUGUACUACAUCUAUGCCAAAACCUGCUUCAGGUACUAUGACCAGGUAGAGGAGUCACUGUUGGAGUCUGGGUCUCAUACUCCAGGGAGAAAAGGGGCUUCAGCAGAGCCUAGCAUUCACAGAGAAGAUGGGGUCGGGGCUGGUGCCCUUCUUAUACAAUACGUGUUCCACGAGCGUCACAGUCACAGUGCCCCCCCCAGGCCAGCUGUGUUGAUGAAAAGCGGCAGCACCAAGCACUGGCAGAGGGGCCACUACCACAUGUGUUGUCAGCAGCAGGGAGGGGCUUUCCCCCUGGGGCCCGGGGACAGUAUCUACGUCAGCGUGUCCAACUCCUGGCUGCUGGACCCGGAAGCUGAGGGAAGCUACUUCGGGGCCUUCAGAAUCAGCAGAUGAUGAAUGAGGAAGCAGACCCAGGGCAAUUAAUUGAUGAAUUAGUAACUGAUAUCUCUUUAAUCCUAUUCCCAGCUCAGGGCUGUACAUGAGGUGGAAUUCAUAUCUGUUAGGUAGCUGGACUGUCUGCAUAUGGAAUAGAUUUUUGUAUUUUUAUACUUCGAAAACAAACUGAAUUUGGCUCACUUUGAACUUAGUUUUAUGAAGUUUUCAAUAUUUAUGUAUUUUCUGAUGUCUCUCGUAUUCAAUUCUGUGUUCAGUUUUUUGUGUGUUUAUAGAACAUUCCAAUAAAGCCAUAUACAAUUGUAAAAAUACAGGAGAGAGAUUAUAAAUGCUCUGUUAUUAUCACCAAUAUUGCCAUGCUUCAACCCAUUUUAUAGGAAAACAGGGAUACCAUUAGACCAUUACGUUUCACCCUGAGACUGUUUACCUCAGCACAUCUCUGAAAACUUGACACUGCCUCAGGCGUAUGAGCGCAGGGCGCCACAAUUUUAUGUGCUUUCUGUGGUUAGAAGGGAAUAACUCCAGUUAGUGAUGCAUGCUGGGAGUGCUGUGUCAUGCACAUUUAGAGGCCCCCUACUCUCCUUACUCAUUCCCUGAUUUCACUGACCCCUAUAGUCCUGCCCCUCCCCCACCUCGCCUCAUGUCUCUGAUUUAAAAUGAAAUGAGAUACUCUUUUGUUGACGUGUAAUGUCAUUACUAUGCUCAGUUUGCCUUCUUCACAUGAAAAUCCAUUUGCGAAGUGAGGAAUCGAUCUGUCCAUGCUUGGAUUAGAACAAUUCAACACACACACCAUGUUUCCCUUGAAAGCUUUCUUCACUCGUAUGUCAUUUCCAUGUCAAAGCAUGCAUUAACGCCACCUAACUACACCAUCUCAGCUCUACAGUUGCACUGCUAAGAGAGCAUUAAAGUCAUCCACUGAAACAAAGAUUG